ACACCGGCCCCGGGGCGGAAUGCUGCUCCCUACGCUGGUGACCUGCCUCGCCGGGUGCGCCUUUUUCCUCUCGCCAGUCAGCGAGGGCUGCGGGCCGGGCAGAGGCUACGGCAAGAGGCGGUCACCGAGGAAGCUUGUGCCGCUCGCCUACAAGCAGUUCAGCCCAAACGUGGCCGAGAAGACUUUAGGUGCCAGCGGGAGAUACGAAGGGAAAAUAACCCGGAACUCAGACCGCUUCAAGGAACUCACCCCGAACUACAACCCCGACAUCAUCUUCAAAGAUGAGGAGAACACAGGUGCAGACCGCAUGAUGACACAGCGUUGCAAAGACAAGCUGAACUCUCUGGCCAUCUCUGUGAUGAACCUGUGGCCCGGGGUCCGGCUGCGGGUCACUGAGGGCUGGGAUGAGGACGGCCACCACUCGGAGGAGUCGCUGCACUACGAGGGCCGAGCGGUGGACAUCACCACCUCAGACAGAGACAGGAACAAGUACGCCAUGCUGGCGCGGCUGGCGGUGGAGGCCGGAUUCGACUGGGUCUACUAUGAGUCCAAAGCCCACAUCCACUGCAGCGUCAAGUCAGACCACUCGGUGGCAGCCAAGUCUGGAGGGUGCUUCCCCGGCGAGGCGGUGGUCACGGUGGAGAGUGGUGCUCAGAUGUCCAUCAGCGACCUACGACCCGGAGACAGAGUCCUGGCCUCAGCAGGCAGUGACGGCAGCGGUGAGCUGGUGUUCAGCGAAGUCCUGACCUUCCUGGACCGCGACCCUGUGACCUGGAAACUUUUCUACACCCUGCAGACAGAAUCCGGGGCACAGCUCUCCCUCACCGCCGCCCAUCUGCUGUUUGUGUCUGAGGGGAACUGCUCAGAGGGGGUGGCGCCAGCCUUUGGCACCCUCAGGACAGUGUAUGCCAGCGACGCCCGGCCGGGACAGUGUGUGCUGGUGUCGCAGGGAGAAGUGGGACAGAGGCUCGGCGAGGGGCAUCUCUCUCGUCUCAAUCAGGUCACCGUGAGGGAGAGCAGGGGGGUGUAUGCACCGCUGACCCAGCAUGGGACGGUGGUGGUGGACGGGGUGGUGGCCUCCUGCUAUGCUGUGGUGAACCAGCACUCCCUGGCUCACUGGGCCUUCUCCCCGCUGAGGUUGAUCCACAGCUGGACUGGCACCACUGGGUGCCAUGGCAAUGGGAUCCACUGGUACUCGCAGCUUUUACACUGGGUGGGGAGGCUGGUGCUGGACUCAGGACGCCUCCAUCCGCUGGGCGUGGCUCCGGACGACAGUUGAGGAACCUGGACCCCUCAGACUGUGACCGGGAUAGAGCCAAAUACAAAGCUGAUGAGAGUGGCGAUGUUUGG